CAAAGAAUAAUUUCGACGAGGUAUUACAGGGGUGGGAGGAGAGCUUUCUAUUUAUUCGGCUUCCUCGGCUGGCGGAGCUUCGACAUCUACUUGCGCCAAGGCCCAGCCCGCCAGCUCCGACUACAGGGGGGGAGGAUCAGGAAAAUAGCAACUGGUAGACGCGACGCAUACCGGAUGAGUGUCUGUGAUGAGUAUCAUUCACAUAGCUCACCGCCUAUGAAGCCUGCUCGCAUUUUAUCCAUCCAGUCCCACGUCGUUCACGGCGUCCAGUUCUCCAACCACACAGGCUAUGAUGUCUGCAAGGGCGAUGUCUUGGAGGGGGUCGAGCUCUUAAGACUCGUGGAGGGCCUUGAGGCGAAUGGGCUGUUGUCGGGAUACACGCACUUGCUGACAGGCUACAUUGGGUCGCCGUCUUUCCUCCACGCUGUCGUCCAAGUGGCCACCAAGCUAAAAGCCCUCAACCCGGGCCUGCAGUACGUGUGCGAUCCCGUGUUGGGUGACGAGGGCAAGCUCUAUGUGGCCGAGGCUCUGGUAGAGACGUACAAAACCCAAGUGCUUCCCCUUGCGGACGUGCUCACGCCCAACCAGUUCGAGGCUGAGAUUCUGACUGGCAUCAAGAUCCAAUCGGAGAGCGACGCGCAAAGGGCAUGCCUUUUACUGCACGCGCAUGGCCCGCGGACCGUGGUGGUGACGAGUGCCGCCUUCCGGGGAGGUGAAGGAUGUCUUCAUGUCUUGGGGAGUCAGCGUGCGUACAUGCCUUGGGGGGUGGAAUGCGGGGAUGACUGGUGUGGGGUCUGGGGACGCAAGGGCAUAGUCAGGCCAUAUGACUCCGAGACGGGUAGAUGCCAUGGGACCUCCUGGAGGGCCCCCGACAUGUGUCGCCUGGUGGUGCCUCGCAUCGCCGGGGCCUACACGGGCACGGGGGACUUGACUGCCGCCUUGCUCUUGGCUUGGCUCUACCGGGACCCCCCCCGAGGACUCCCAGAAGUGCUAGAGAAGGCCAUCGCCACCGUCCAGGCUAUUCUGAAGCGGACUUACGAGGAAGGGGGGGGAUCCGCCGAGUUGAGGCUUGUACAGAGCAAGCAGGACAUCGAGAGGCCGCGUGUCCAAGUCACGGCCGAGCGGUUGCGCCAGCCUACGGACAUCAAGGGAGUCAUUUUCGACAUGGACGGGACCCUGACCAAGCCCGGUCAGAUAGACUUUGGACGCAUCCGAUCUCGCCUCAACAUCCCUGAGAAUGUGGAUAUACUGACGUACAUUGGACAAAUGUCUUCAGAGGGAGAUAGGGUUGCGGCGCUGGCCGUGGUAGAGGAGGAGGAGUUGCGGGGGUUUAUGGACGUGCAGCUCCAGGAGAAGGCGGAGGAGGUGGUGGCCUGGCUGCGGGGCGAAAGGGGCAUGCAAGUCGCAUUAGCCACGCGCAACAACCCCAAGUGCGUGGACGUCCUGGUCGAUCGCUGUGCCUUCCGACUCCCUUGUCAUGUAGAGGCCUCGUCCGUAGAGACCCCACCAAAGGCCUCCUUUCAUCCGGUGCUCACACGGGCGUGGAAGAGCGAGGUGGACGUGGAUAAGCUCCUGGACGUGUGCGAACAAUGGGGGCUGCCCCCGGAAUCCGUCUUAGUGGUGGGCGACAGUUUAGAGGACUGUCAAUGGGCGCAUCUAGCUGGCAUGAAAAGUUGUCUAAUUCACAUUGGUGCCGACCACACGCUGGACACACUGCGAAGCGGCUAUGUGCACACAGUCAUUGAAUCCUUAGGGGAGCUUCAGACAUUGCUGGGCGGAGAUGGUCAUGUGAACGAGGGCGGACCGGGUGAAAGAUGAGAGAGGUGUCUUGAAUGAGCUCGAGAGAGAGCCUACAGAUGAAGUAGACCUCACUUAGCGUGCUGCCCUAUACUCCGUCAGGACUCGGAAAAGGGAUCCAGGGCGACGAGAAAAACUCCAAAUGUUCAAGACUGUCUAGUAUGGCAAUUGAAAAAAACUCCAAGUAAUAUUAAGAAAGAAACAAGUAUUUUCGAGGUGUGUAAAAAUACAAAUUGUGGGCUCUUCUCUCUCAUCAGGGCAUUGAAAAGAUUCGUGCGCCACCCUCCUCUAGCAAAGUACAAAAUCACACGUAUCUUUGAGAGAGGAAGUGUACAAUUCACGAUUAUUUUUAAAAACCCAGAGACAAGUAUGCAUGUGCCAGAUGA